UGUUUAGACUGCGUCUGACCCACCCGCGACAAUCGUGCUCCUUUUGUUUUCAAGUGUCACUUCACUCGCGUCUCACGUUUAACUUAUUUUUACUUGAUUGAUCUGAAAAUUCGGAAAUACGGAUUUCCCGCUUUCUAUCUACCUAUCUAUCUUAAUAAGAUCUUCCGAUUCGAUAGUUUGGGGUUUUGCAAAAGCAUGUGCCAAAAUAAUCCUCGCGACUGAAAUCAUUACUAUCAAGCUUCACAAUUAAUUUAUUACUUGAAAGUUGGAAAUUACAUCGUUAUAUCAUGUUUUACUACCACAGGGCACAGGCUGAUUCAAAAUCUUUAUUCCUGUCCUAGAACUAGAACAUACAUAAACAAUAAUCCUAAACAUUGAACAUGAAUAAAGAUUUGGGAUUAAUAAGUUCUGCAUCGCCAGAUUCAUCCCCCAAUAUAAGUGAAAGAGCUGAGAACAAACUAUGUUUAGCAAACUCAUUAAAACUGGAAGGCAACACUUUUUUUAAGCAAGGCAAUCUAAAGGAAGCUAUUCGCCACUACCACAGAGCAUUAUUAUACAUCAAAGGUGUAGAAAGUGAUGGAUCUAAUAUGUUACAAAAUUUAAGUGCUGCGUUCACAGAAACAAUGAAAACCAAAAAUUUGGAAGAAAAAAUGGAUCCUAACAUCAUUGAAAGGAACACACAACUGAAAAUUGAUUGCUACAAUAAUUUGGCAGCGUGUUUGCUGAAAACUGAACAUCCUGAUUUUGAUAAAAUUGUGUUUUAUUGCGAUGAAGUCAUAAAAUUAACUUCAUGUAAUCCUAAGACUCAUUUUAGAAUGGCGCAAGCCCUUUUUAAACUUGGCGAUUAUAAUCGAGCAUUAGAGUCCUGCCAAAAGUCGCUAGAAAACCAACUUCAACAAGAUUCCCAAGUUAUCAGUUUAAAAACAAGCUGUCUUGCACACCUUGCCAAGCAAACUUCACAGGAGAAAGUUUUGUAUAGUAAAAUGUUAGGAUUGAAAAUGAACAAACAAGAAUUUUAAUAUUGUUAAAAUUAUCAAAAAAUUGUAAUAUAAAAGAUUUGUGCGUGGUGUUCAAUACAUACUUUACUACAAGA